GUUUAACUGGUCCGGCUCAGUUCGCUGGGUUUAGUUUACAUUUACAUUCAUAUUCUUCAUUCAUUGAUGAGGAGCAGGAGCCUUUGAAUUUGAAUUGAAUAAUAAAAAAUAAAAGUACCUACCUACUCCAGUCUGUACAAAUCCAUAUUCUUUGAAGACUAGUAUUGUGUAGCCGUAAAUACUGAAAAUUUUUAUAUAGGCAAAUAAAAUGGUUGUUUCGUCUGACAUUGGCGUUAAAGGGUUCUACAAAGGCAAAAAUAUCUUCAUCACUGGGGGCAGUGGAUUUGUGGGGAUAUGCCUUCUGGAAAAAUUCCUCAGAUGUAUUCCCGACCACGGCGACAUCUAUCUGUUGAUGCGGCCCAAGAAAGGGAAAGAUAUAUCCGAGAGGCUCGAGGAAAUCAAGAAAAACCAAAUAUUUGAGACUGUGCUCAAAGACAAAAGCAUUGAACAAGUAUUCUCGAAAGUAAAAGUUAUUGCUGGAGAUGUGAGCCAAGACAAUUUGGGCAUCUCACCUGAAGAUAGACGAACUCUAGUAGAUAAUAUCAAUGUCAUCUUUCAUUCAGCCGCCACGCUUGAUUUCGGCGAUACAUUGAAAACCACAGUGGAAAUCAAUCUUCUGGGCACGAGGAAAGUCGCCCAAUUGGCCAAAGAAUGCCGAAAUUUGGCUGUCUUCAUACACGUCAGCAGUGCCUACGUAGAUUCCUGGCGGACAGAAGCCGAUGAAGUUAUUUAUCCGUUACAAAAGGACCCCGAGGAACUAAUAAGCUUGGUAAAUAAACUCAGUCCAGAGGAACUGGAAAGGGAAACUCCGAAAAUUCUUGGAGAACAUCCCAACACUUACACCAUCACUAAACACAUGGCCGAACACGAAAUCCAGAAAUGCCAAAGCCUCUUUCCCUGCACUAUCGUCAGACCGAGCAUGAUCGUUGGGGCGUGGAAAGAACCGGUCCCUGGAUGGACCAUAAGCAAAAACGGACCGCAAGGGUUCUUGAUGGGAGCAGCCAAAGGGGUUGUUAGAAGACUGCCGGUUGCUAAAGAACUGAUUUACGAUUAUAUACCGGUCGAUAUGGUGAUCAAUACCUUGAUCAAUGCCGGUUUCAAUGCGGGGCACACAAAGAACCCAACUGUGGCCGUGUACCAUGCGACCUCCAGCACCAGGAACCCGUUCAAAUGGAUGAACGUGGAGGACAAGCUGCACGACUACCUGCACAAGGUGCCCCUGAGCAGUGCCGUGUGGUACCCCCACUUGAAGUUCCUGCCGUCGAUCACGUGGUACAAGAUAUCCGCCAUCUUCGUGCAUUUCUUUCCCGCCAUCGUGCUGGACACGGUGGCCACACUGAGCGGAGGCCGGCCCAUUUUGAUGAGAUUACACAGAAACGUGAAUGCUUCCCUCGACAUGUUGGAGAAAUUCAUCUUCUCAGAAUGGAAAUUUUCAGCUAUGAAAACCAUGGAUUUACAGGACUGGCUGACUAAGGACGACCAAACGGAAUUCAACAUGGACAUAAGCACCCUGCAAUGGCCGACAUACUUUGCCGAUUUGACACUGGGUGCUCGAGUUUACUUAAACAAAGACCCGAUCAAGACUCUGAAAUCCGCCAGAACACGAGACAACAUUUUGUUGGCAAUCCAUUUGAUUUGGCAGGCGGCGAUUUUUUCUCUUGGUUGGUUCAUCUUUGCUUGCCUUACGGGAAAAACAAUGUAUUCUUCCGUAUUCAUCAUACCUGUUUUCUUUCUUCUGUUUAAUUUGUUAUAAAAAGUAAUGAAUUUCGAGAUUAUUUCAAUCAGUAGGUAUUCUAAUGCCUGAAUAUACUGGUAAAUGAAGGGAAACAUGUUUUUAUGGUACACUGGGAUGCGAAUUGUAACUGAUAUAAAUUAUUUAGUUGUUAGUAUUGUUAAUUCUGAUGUUUUGUAUUUUUUAUAGAACUAUUCGAGAAAUUGUUAGAGCUUUUUUGAAAUAAAGUUUGAAGUUCUUGAUAUU